UUCCGGAUCAAACAACAACGACAAGGCAAUUCAGAAUACUACAAUAUUCAGAAUAGCACAGAAAUGCUUGGCUGUAAGCUAUAGCGCCGUGCACUAAAAUAACGCAAUAACAAGCACUGCCUCUAGGCCGGCAUGCAACUCUUGUAUCGGACGCGUAAAUGCCAGGUCCAAGCUCUUGAACAAGUCUCCCUUAAGGUACUCCUGCAUACCUACAUAUACCCCAUGUAAACGCCUUCUCCAACCAAACAAAGCACCAUUCUCCUAGCAACCUCUCCAAAAAAUAUGGCUUCAAAUGCAUGGGUAGCUCUUGCCAUAGUUCUUGCAACCCUCCUCGGCACACACGCUGCAGACCCUGACAUCACAUCAGAUUUCAUUGUGCCGGAUGGAGUCGCUCCAGAUGCCGACUUCUUCACCUUCAAAGGGCUCAAGCAGGCCUUGCGGGGUGCUCCCAGAGAUGCACCAUUUAAGGUGACCAAGGCGAGCCAGGGAGAGUUCCCUGCACUCAUGGGGCAGAGCGUCUCGUAUGCUGCGCUACAGUUUGCACCUGGGGGCGUCAAUGCACCCCACACCCACCCUCGCUCGGCGGAGCUUCUCCUCGUCGUGCAAGGAUGGCUCGAGGUCGGGCUUGUAGACUCCAACAACACGCUCUUCACUCAGGUGCUGCGGACUGGCGACCUGUUUGUGUUCCCCAAGGGCCUGGUGCACUUCCAAGCGAACAAAGACCCCAGAUACCCAGCUGUUGCCUUGUCGGCAUUCGGCAGUGCUAAUGCCGGCACAGUCUCUCUUCCGAAGACUUUGUUUGGCAGCGGCAUUGACAAAGAUGUGUUGGCGAAGUCCUUCAAGACUGAUGCUCAAACCAUUGACAAGCUUGUUUCAGCUGCCACCAUGGGUUGAUUUACGUAAUUCAGCAGAGCAUCUCGAGUUGCUGCUGCCCGUGUGAUUUCCGUCUUUGGCUUCUUGUUGUUUGGAGUAAUGUUGAUUACUAGCCCGUUCUUUAAUUAUAGUGUUGCCUGUCUCUGGCGGUGAAAUAUA